AUGGCGUGGGCUUUGGCGGUGGCGACGGCCUUGUUGUGCGCGAGCGCCGUGCACGCGGAUGAUGAGCGGCCAUUGAGGGUGGCCGUCGUCGGCGAGGGCGUCAUCGGCACCUCGACUGCGUUUGCCAUCAAGUCUCUCGACCCGGAAGCGGACAUCACGGUUUACCAUGACAAGGACUUCAACGACAUCCUAUCGAAGGGCAUCGCCGGGCUGUUCCGCAUCGACGACGGCACGCCGAUCAACAUGAUCUACGGCCGCGACACGUUCGACCGCCUCGCCUACCUGUGGCGCACCGUCGGUGGCCACAGCGGCGUCCAGAUGCUCUCGGGACACAUCCUCAGCCAAGAUCGCUCCAAGCUCGACUCGCAGUGGCAUAACUAUGGCGACAUCGUCUACAACUACCACAACCUGACACGCCGCGAGAUGCAGAGCCAGUUCAACAUCGAGAGCUUGGACACGUACGAAGGCAUCCACUACACCGCUUACACCUCGGAGGGAGCCAGAUAUGUGCCAUGGAUGAAGAAGCAGCUCCUCGAGGUCUACGACGUCAAAUACAUCAAGGAAUUCAUCUCGGACCUGGAGGAGUUAGCCAGCCGUGGCUACGAUGUCGUCGUCAACUGUGGCGGGCUCGCCGGCGGGAAGCUGGCCGGGGACGGCGAUGAGGUGAAUAUGUUCCCGAUCCGCGGGAUGCUUCUCAAGACAAAGGCCACCUGGCAGAAGCACUUCCUCUACCGCGACUUCCUCACCUUCACCAUCCCCGUCAUUGACGCCGUGUACGUCGGCACCGUGAAAGCCGAGCACAACGACUCGCUCGUCCUCGACCAAGCCACCGUCAAUCUCAUCUGGAAGAGCUACCUCGAGCUGCAGCCGGCUUUCAUGGAAGAGGAAGUCAUCGACACGUUCGUCGGGCUUCGGCCGGCGCGCGUGGGCGGUGUUCGAGUCGAGCGCGACGAUCGCAUCUCCAAGACCGGCGCCAACUUCACGGUCGUCCACAACUACGGCCACUCGGGCAACGGCUUCACCCUUGGCUGGGGAUCAGCCAUGCACGCCGCGAAGUUGGUGCUCAAUCGGGACGUCAGCGAAUACAUCAAGGCCAAAUCGCAGUCUAAAGUCUCCAACUCGGUGGAAGAUCUGCUGGAGAAG